CCAAAAAGAGAAAGAGAAAGUGCCAACAACAACCUUCAACAAAAUGUCGGACACAAAUCUGCUGCAGCUGUCAGCGGCCUGGAGGCAGCUGCCCCGCCUGAUGGUACCGUUCGACCGGCAGCUUUCCAAUGCCCUCCGCACGUGGGCACCGUCCUGGCAGACGCAACAGCUCGCGAGUGAAACCACCCGCAAGCUGUUCGUGGAGCUGGUCACCUUCGGGGGUGUGAACCAGUGUCGCCGGUUUGACGCACUCGCCCGGCCCGUGAUAAACGACCACGGUGAAGGUGUCGUGCCGCCGAGAUUGUCAACGAUUGUGGUGCAGUUUCUGGUCACCCGGUACGACGGUGGUCCGGAGCCAACUGCACUCAGCUGCUGCCAAGUGCGUGAGUUUGGAUGUCUGCUGAGCACCGAGCUUCCGCUGCUGAAGAUUGUUGACCUUGAGAGCGAAACUUACUGGCGACGGGUGGUUUGGUGUUACGCCGAUGAACCACUUUCUUACUACGAGCACGAUCAUCUUACACCGCGCCGGUUCUGGAAACAGCACGGAGUCGAGCUCAAGCUGGCCCGCAUGAUUGAACAGCAGGAUCCGGUGUACUGGGAGCUGGAGGGUUUGGAGGACACAAUCAAAAGGGCAGCACCGUUCGUGAACAAUCUGGUCGUGCAGCAGUUGCGCCCGUAUGCGAUGGUAGAACCGCUGGAAGACUACGAAGCGUACACGAUUCGCAAUGCUCCGGCCAAUCUCUGCCACCAUGGGUCACUGGUGGUGCUGGGGCAUCUCGUAAAUUUGACCUCCCUGUCGUUGGUGUUUGGUGUGAAGCAUUGGAACAAGGCGUACCAAACCCGUUACUCUCACUGUUCCCAAACGGACAUCGAGCAGCUUGGACUGGGACUUCAAAAGUUGGUAAAGUUGAAAAAAUUUAACCUCUCCCACACACGGCUGAAUGCAUCGAAACUGAAAGCUCUGCUGGAAUCGCUGACGCCCCUCGGUCUGGAAACGAUACGCCUCACACACUGCCAUCUAGGCGAGGGUUGCGGCGGCCCUUUAGGACGCUUCCUGAGCCGCUUCGGCCCAACGCUUAAGCAGCUCGACCUCUCCAACAACCGGCUCGAUGCGCCCGAGCUCGAUCAGCUUUGCCCCGGGCUGAGCAUCUACCAGGGCAAGCUUGACAAGUUGAACCUUGCCUACAACCCGAUCGGUGAGGCGGGCGUGCUAAUUCUUGGCGGUGCCAUCAAAGGUCGAGCGCAACUGAGCGAGCUUAACUUUACCGGCUGCCUGCUGGGUGUGGAGGGAUCGUUUCGGGUAGGUAUUCGGUUUUUGGAAGUCCCACACCAUCAAUAUAAGUUUCCCAUUUUCGCGCUGCAGGUUAUACAACUGCUCAGCUUCCACGCGACGCUGCGGAAGGUUUCGCUCAACUGUGUACCGAUUAGUCCCGAGGGUGGCGACAAGUUGGUGCAAGUUUUACUCGAAAACAACCGCAUUGAAGAGGUGCACGUGCGUGACUGUGGAUUGACGGAGCGCGUACGGGCCAGGAUCGGGAAGAUUCUUCGGAAAAAUGCAAACGCAAGACAUCGAUCGCGACGAUCGGACGGGAAAGUGGCAACUCCGCCCAUGGUGCGAUCUCCUGCGAGCAUGUUUCAGCUCGAGCGACAAGUCUUUCCGGUGCAACCAUAGCUCCCCUGCACGGAAAACAAACAAUUCCCUUACACUCACCAGCGACAAAUAAGAGCAUCAUUUGAAUAAUUCAAGUGUCGGUACCGGAACCGGGUGUUGCUUGGCAAAUUAUUCAAAACAAAUUAUUCAAUACCUUUACACGCCGCCGCUGGUCGGUAUGAAUAUGAUGUACCGCUCCGACGAGCGACGGGCGCACCUUCUUCUGCGGUGCCGUUGUUGGCGCCGUUUUGGGUCGGCGCACGCUCCCAAGGAAAUGAUACGUGCCAUCCUCGCGUGCGGGAUGAGAGGAAAGGCAGCGGCGAUGGUGACAAUUUAUGGACUGGAUUAGGAGCCGGCCACACAUUGUGCCCAGGGGGAGAAGGGGGGGGUACAGGAGGCACCGCGAGUUAUGAAAUAUAUGAGCUGCUUUGUCAACUGGUGGCUGGUACGGUCGGUGUCGCCGUCGCCAGCCAGUCCGGGAUGCAAAUUACACAUUGUUAUUAUUCCGAAAAGCCAGGA